AAAAAUUCGCAAGGAUUUCGCGAAACGUCUUUUUAAAAGCCAUCAGAAAUUCAUAUCAGAUUCUAUAUCCAAUAUUUGCUUCUGCGGUCCUUGAUUCUCUAUCAACCUUGAGGAUAAUCGCUGUAAUUCACAUCUCCAGGAACACCAAAACUCAAAAUGGGAGACAUCUCAGCUGCUUCACCAGCACCUCUGAUAACACAUAUCGUGUUGUUCAAAUACAAACCUGACAUCACGUGGACGGAUUUAGAAGCACAUUUCGAUGUCUUCUUACAAUUACCUCAAAAAUGCUUGAAUGAGGAUGGAAAGCCAUACAUGGUCUCCAUGAGAGCUGGCAAAAACCAAUCCUGGGAACCCUUCUCCAAAAACCUCACCCACGGCUUCGUCCUCGAAUUCGCCAGCCAAUCCGACCUAGACUACUACCUCACCACCGACCCCGUGCACCUCGCCUUCUCCGCCGCCGCCAAACCCCUCAUAGAAGACAGCGUCGUCCUCGACAUCCACGACGGCGUGCUCUUCGGGCCCUCACCACGCGCUCCACCAAACCAGACCAAAACCUACCAGGGCUCCUGCCACUGCCAAUCCGUCGCGUGGGAAGCGACCCUCACGGACGCAAAGCACAUUCUGUGUCAUUGCGGCACGUGCCAGAAACUUGGGGGUGGACCCUAUAGUUUGAAUGCGAUUAUUGACAGGAAGGAGUUGACAAUUUUGAAGGGGGAGGAGGAAUUGAAGGUUUAUACCUAUAAGGGGGAUUCCGGCAAGGAGGUUAGGUGUUAUUAUUGUGGGAAUUGUACGAGUCAUGUUUAUCAUCAGCAGGAGAUUAUGGGGGAGAAGAUUAUUGUGAGGACUAUUCUUUUGGAGGGUGGGAGCGAAUUGAGUGUUGGUGGGGAGAUUUUUGGAGAGGGGAAGUUGGGGUGGGUGAGGGAGUUGGGGAAGGUGUUGGAUAGUGCUUAGAUCGUUUUGAGAAGUCAGGUGCUCGGAAAAGUUUAGGAGUUGAAAUGUCAAGAUGACAGCAAGAUAUAGAAUGAUAGCAGCCGCUUACGCAUCGUCGGGUCUACUUAGGAGCUCAGGUUGGCGUUAGAAUUAUUGGUCGGUCAUAUUCAAAUUUC